AUGGACAAGAGCUGGAUCCGGGAUGACACGAGUUCUGAGGCUAAUGGUUGGUGGUGGUCUGGGAUACCACAAUUCGUGGGUCUCUCUUCACUCUUUGCAACAUUGUUCGGGAGCUCCUCGCCAAUGUUCAACAGCGCCAAACUCCUCGUCUUGGGCUUCAUUAUCGAAACAGGAAGACGGCUCUUCCAAUGGCUGAUAGAGAGAUUCAGACUUCAAUAUUCGAUGACGGCUCAAUUUGAUGAGGGAGAUCCUUCGUACGAGUGGGUUGUUCAGUUCCUGACUAAACAAGGUUUAUGGCGGAGGACUCGGGAAUUUAGGGUCAACGCAAGGAAUUCCCAACGGAAGUGGGGUAUUCGCACACGCCCCGAGGGAACUGUGAAAGACAAUGCGGAAUACGUGCCUACCUACGAAGUUCCUCAGCUUUUUCGGUGGAACGGCUACUGGUUUGAAAUCAAACGUUCUAAAGGUGCUCUCGGGAUCCAACCGAUGAAUCCGUACGGCAUGCAUCAGUCAGUUGGUGGUGGCACAAUCUUUAUAACCAUAUACAGUUUGAAAAUGGCCGUGUUAUCUGACUUCGUCGAGGACGCACGUUCAAGUUACCUGGAAGUUAGUAAACCUGAUGUCAUAAUCCAUACGGCGGACACGCCCAACUUCAAUCCAAGCUUCGCUUGGUCCAACGUGAAGCGCAAAGUUCGCCGACGUCUGAGUUCGAUUAUCUUGCAAGAGGGUGUCAUCGAGUCUAUUGUGAAGGACGCACAGGAGUUUCUGGAUAUGGAAGACUGGUAUGUUGGCCGUGGAAUUCCUCAUCGAAGAGGAUAUCUUUUGUACGGGCCGCCAGGAAGUGGAAAAAGUUCCACCAUAUACGCCUUGGCGGGAGAGCUCGGCCUCGAGAUAUACUCUCUUUCGCUUGCAUCUGGUUUCGUUGAUGACUCAUUUCUACAACGCGCAGCAUCUUCUAUCCCCAAAAGAUCAAUAUUCCUAAUCGAGGACAUAGACUGCGCAUUCCCCAGGGACGAUGAUGCUGAGACCCCUUUGGAUUUUCUGGCGAAUAUCCCUGGCCUCCCUCGCCGAUACUCUAACGGUAUCCGCCGUUCUGCAGUCACACUCUCCGGACUACUCAACGUCAUUGACGGUGUAGGAAGUGACGAUGGAAGGCUCUUCUUUGCAACGACGAACUACAUCGAUCGACUAGACCCAGCCUUACUCCGUCCAGGACGCAUUGACAGAAAAAUUCAGUACAGUCUUGCGACACAACCUCAGGCAGCAGCACUGUUUAUGCGCUUCUUUGAACCACCUGCGCCUGUUACCAUCCAACCGAAGUUGAUGCUUGAAGUCCCUUCUACGAGUCCACCGAUAUCGGUAAUGGUCACGGCUGAAAACUCUGAUGAUAUCGGUGCCAACCAUGGCGACAAAUACAACACAAGUCUCAGGCAACUGGCCGAUUCUUUUUCUUCUUCCAUUGCACCCGGCGAAUUUUCCACCGCUGAGCUACAAGGGUUUCUUCUCUCUUGCAAAAAUCAGCCCGAGAAAGCAGUCGCAGAUGUUUCAGACUGGAUGGCACAGGAGCGUAAGGACCGUCAAGAACGCAAAGAGAGGGAAGAGGUAAGGAAACGGAAGGCCCAGGAAAAACAAAGCUCGCUUUUGAAGGGACAAUAUGCAUAUGGAGGGCAGGUGAAAGCUAUGCAGGUGACAGGGUCACUACCGGUGGCUUCCUUGACGGUUUCGCCUCCCGAUGUUCCUAUCUCUGAUGGGUCUAUUGGAGCUACCGCGAAUGGCGAUAUACAGCACGACAAGGAGAAAGAUGAUCAUCAAGAACUUUUACCCUCUCCUGCUUAUGAGCCACGGGAUGAAUCGGGUGUAUCACUGAAUUCCGAAAAAGUUGUUAGUACGUAG